AUGCCUUUUAUGAAAGGUCGUGCACCGGUUCGCCGGACAAUCGAGUAUCUAGAAAAAGGAGCCCUCGUGUUUAAAAAGAACAUCCAAGUCAUGACCAUUCAUUAUAACACAAAUCAUCAGCCCAGUAACGGUGCCUAUCUUUUUCAGUUCUGGCAUAUUCCACAAAUGCAAUACAAGAACCCUGAUGUCCAGAUCUUGACUUUUGCAAAUCUGACUCCGACGCCGUUCAUCCAGUUUUUCAUGGACAAUGGCAAAAAGGUGAUUGUGGACACUUACAAUAAAAGUCAAACUGAAAUCCAUGAUCACAUCAAAAGAAUUUUCUGCAAAUCAGAGGAAAUGCUUGCAGAAGAAGCGAAAGCAAAAGAACGCCUAACCCAUCCUGCAAAUUUUGGUUACGACUGUUCCAGAUGGUGCAUUUGUGAAGUCCCUGGACAAAUUCCCUGCUCAGGGUUCACAACUAUUAAACCUGAACUGAUGGGUAAAAACACUUGGCAGUUAGAAAAACAAAAAGAAAAGGAAAACAUGUAA